AUGCUGGAGGUUUCAGUCAACGGACUGCACGUGAACCUGCAGUACUGUCAGGCGGCAGUGGUGGCCGAGACCUGGCCGGCCGUGCUCGUCGUGGCGGCCGAUCACGCGCUCAUCACGACGCUGUCGCCGCAGACGCUGUCGAGGCUCAAAGCCACGGCCUAUCGCUCCAUCAAGACGUGGGCCCGCUCUCGUGGCCUCUAUGCGGCGCGCUUCGGCUACCUCGGCGGCAUACAGAUCGCCGUGCUGUUGGCGCGAGUAAUGAAGCUGAUGGCAGCUGCAACAGACGACGACGACGACGACGACAGCAGUGCGGUGCCCGACAUCCUGGCAACCUUCUUCCGCGACUAUGCCGGUUUUGACUGGGCGACGCAGAUGGCCUUUGACCCGUUCUUCCACGGCCACAAGGCUCCGCAUGUUCGGACGGCCGGCGAGCCGCUCGUGAUUCUGGGCUACCACCGGCCGCAGCUCAAUACGAGCAUGUCAGCGUCGGUGUCGUCGGUGCGUGUGCUCGCGGCCGAGCUCCGGCGUGCCGACCGCUUGCUGAGCGCCGGCCGAAUCAGCUGGGAUGCUUUUCUGGGCGGUGGAGGUGACGAAGGAGAUAGCAGCACAAUCGUUGCUGGCAGGCUUCUGUCUGGCGCUGCCACAUUUGUGUGUGCCUACCGGACGUACGUCAAGAUCGACCUGCAGUAUUGGGGCCUGUCGCUGCAGCGAGGCGCCUCGUUUGUCGGCUGGCUCGAGUCACGCUGUGCGAUGCUGCUGGUCGACGUGGCGCGACGACUGCCGCAGCUCAACACGCACAUCUGGCCAGGGCGGUUUGUGGAAGGGGAUGAGGGGGAUGGAGAGGGUGACGAUGCAGAAAUUGGUACAGAGACCACGCAGUAUCAGGGCUGCUACCUGAUCGGGCUCGAUCUGGCGGCGUCGCUCUCGCGGGACGACCGACGCAUUGCGCUGGACACGCUGCAGUCGGUGCUUUCGACGUUUGAGCGACAGAUGCGGCGAUCAGGUGGCGAGUACGAUGCGCAGUGGAUGUGGCUGGGCGUGAGCAUUGCGAGCCGGACGGAUCUGGGCGAUGUCGGCCGUCUGCGGCUGGACGAGCGAGCCUGGUACACGUCGGAGGAGGAGGAAGAGGAGGAAGAGGAAAUUGAAGAGGAAGAAGCACGGCCCAAGAAGAAGGACAAAAAAGACAAAAAGAACAAGGACAAGGACAGAUUCAAGGCAGCGUCCCAAGUGGGCACAGGCAAGAAGUUCCGGUCGGCGCAGGAUGUGAUCAAGCGGCUACGCUGGGAUCCGCAGCUAGACCGUGCUGACUACGUUGUCAGAUACGAAGACCGUUUCGUCGGCGCGCAGGAGCGGCCGCUCAGCGCGUGGAAGUCGGAGCAGACGGACGAGGAGUUCAUCCCGCAACACCGCGUGCUGUAUUUUCGGCGGCGCAGCGACGGUGCCGUGAUCUGGGACCGGCGAGCGCGCAAGGACGAAGUGUUUGGGAGCGGGAUGUAG